GAGAGAGAGAGGAAGAGAGGAAGAGGAGAGAGGGAGGGAGGAAGAAGAGGAGACAAGCGGGCAGCAGCUUCGGCCGCCCAGGCGCCCCCUCCUCCCGUCCGAGGGCUGGCAGCCCCGCAGUGCCCAGGGGCACCAUGAACGGCAGCGGCGGCGGCGGCAGCGCGGCACUUCUGAGGAGGCGCUCCAGCAAGCAGGGCUUACAGAACCUGCUGAGACUCACGGCCCAGUGGAGCGUGGAGGACGAGGAGGAGGCCGCCAGGGAGCGGCGCCGGAGGGAGCGGGAGAGGCAGCUCCGCUCCCAGAGCGAGGACGGGCCGGGGCCCUGCCCUGAGACGCCCCCGGAACAGGAGAAGCUUCUGGCCCUGAAGCCCCCGGAGCUGGAGGAGGACGAGGGCUUCAGCGACUGGUCCCAGAAGCCGGAGCAGAGGAAGCCGAGGUGGGGCGGGGGAGACGGCGGCUUGGACGAGGGGGAGGCCCCCCCGGAGGACAGCCCGGCCAGCGAGGACAGGACCGAGGGCUCCUCACACCGCUCCUACGAGGAGGAGGAGGAGGAAGAGGAGGAGCCGCACCUGAGCCAGACCCAAGCCGGCCUGAGCCAGCUCUGUGUGGACCCAGCACCCAAGGAGGCCACGAGGGGUGUCCCAGAGGAAGAGAUGGGUCUCCUGGAGUCCGGAGGCUGCCUGCCGGGGAGGCUGGAGGCCGAGGACAGGAAGGUGUCCCCGGACUUGGAGGAGACGGAGCUGCCCCUCACCCCCACCACCAAGCUCAUCGACCGGACAGAGUCCUUGAACCGUUCCAUAAAGAAGAGUAACAGCGUGAAGAAGUCGCAGCCCGCGCUGCCCGUGUCCAAGAUCGAUGACCGGCUGGAGCAGUACACUCAGGCCAUCGAGACGGCCGGCCGGACCCCGAAGCUGAGCCGCCAGCCCUCCCUGGAGAUGCCCGCCAUGACUGUGGCCAGCUCCAAGAGCCUCUGGGAGACCGGGGAGCUUCUGGGCCAGUCCCCUGCCAAGACCACUCCUUGUAAGGAUAUCGUGGCUGGAGACAUGAGCAAGCGGAGUUUCUGGGAGCACAAGGGGGGCAGCAAGACUUCAUCCACCAUUAAGAGCACGCCCUCGGGAAAGCGGUACAAGUUUGUGGCCACCGGGCACGGCAAGUACGAGAAGGUGCUGAUAGAGGAGGCUCCGGAGUCUGCGGGCAAGGCUGGACCCCGCUGACCCCGAGACCCCAGAGGCCUUCAUCCUGGCCAGACGCCGCUUCUGCUGUGAAGAAGGGGACCCCUGCUCCCCGGUCCUCCAUUCGCUGGAGGCCUGGCCCCCGGCCCCAGCUGCCUGGCUCCCCAGCUUUCCGGCCCCUGCUCCCCAAUUCCCUCGGCCACAAGCUGCCCCGGCCCCCCGGAGGCCCCUCUUCCUGGCUCUUCAUAGAGAAUUUCUUCCCCCCGAUUUUUAAAAUCCAUUUUCUACAUGA